AUGCAUCUCAUCCUCACCGGCGCCACUGGCCUGGUCGGCUCAGGCGCCCUCGACGCCAUGAUCAAGAUGAAGGACAUAACGAAAAUCUCCGUCCUCAGCAGGAGGCCAGUUCCCAUGGCCGAGGACGCCAAGGACCCCCGCGUCAACGUCAUCAUCCACAAGGAUUUUGAACAGUACGACGCGGAACUGCUGGACAAGCUCAAGGGCGCAAACGGUGCCGUGUGGGCCCUGGGCAUCAGCCAGAACCAGGUCAGCAAAGAGGCCUACGUCAAAAUCACCAAAGACUACGCCCUCGCGGCGGCAAAGGCCUUCGCCGACCUCGCGCCGGCGGACGAGCCCUUCCGCUUCGUCUACGUCUCGGGAGAGGGCGCGACCCAGACGCCGGGCCGCUUCAGCGCCAUCUUCGCCCGCGUCAAGGGCGAGACCGAGACGGCCCUGUCCGAGAUGCGCGCCGAGCACCCGCGCCUGCGGACCGAGUCCAUCCGCCCGUGCUAUGUCGACAACGCGGACCACGACGCCACCAAGCCCUAUGUGCCGACCCCGAAUCUCACGUACAAAGUACUGGCCACUGUGCUGGGCACUCCGAUACGGGCGUUUGCUCCGUCGUAUCACAGCCCGACCGAGGCGCUGGGGAAAUUCAUGGCGGAGAUGGCCAUGGGAAAGGUUGACUCUGGGCUGGCUGCUGGCGGCAAGGACAUUGUCACGCUGAAUGGCGGGCUGAGGAUCGUGACCAAUGGUGCGUUUCGGAGGUUGGCCGGUUUGGCCUGA